AUGGAUUUGGCCAACCAUGGACUUAUUCUCCUGCAACAGUUAAACGCUCAGCGAGAGUUUGGUUUCCUGUGUGACUGCACGGUUGCCAUCGGCGAUGUGUACUUCAAGGCACACAAAUCAGUUCUUGCUUCAUUCUCCAAUUACUUUAAGAUGUUGUUUGUCCAUCAGACCAGUGAGUGUGUCCGUCUGAAACCAUCCGACAUCCAGCCGGACAUCUUCAGCUACCUCCUGCACCUGAUGUACACCGGGAAGAUGGCGCCCCAGCUCAUCGACCCCGUCCGCCUGGAGCAGGGCAUCAAGUUCCUGCACGCGUACCCUCUCAUCCAGGAGGCCAGCCUGGCCAGCCAGGGGGCCUUCUCGCACCCUGAGCAAGUGUUCCCGCUGGCCUCCUCCUUGUACGGCAUUCAGAUCGCGGACCACCAGUUGAGGCAGGCCACCAAGAUUGCCCCGGUGCCCGAGAAGCUGGGGCGAGAUCCCCGGCCCCAGCCCUCCAGGGCGAGCCAGGAGCAGGUGCCCGAAGCCACGCCGCUCUCCCAGCUGACUUCCAAUCUGCCCCAGGUGAACCGGACACACGUGACUCCCUCGGAGCCCCUGCAGACCUCCCUGUCCCCAGAACUCGUCUCCACCCCUGUCCCUCCAACCGCCGCCGGGGAGGAGGCCAACCUGGAAGCCUCUUCCUCCGACGAGCAGCCCACGCCCCUCACCAUCGCCCACGUGAAGCCCAGCAUCAUGAAGAGGAACGGCAGCUUCCCCAAGUACUACGCCUGCCACCUGUGCGGCCGGCGCUUCACCCUGCGCAGCAGCCUGCGGGAGCACCUGCAGAUCCACACCGGGGUGCCCUUCGCGGCCGGCCCGCCCGGCGAGGGCCGCGGGCCCCUGUCGCUCUGCAGCACCGCGGCGGACCUGGGCAAGGACGCCCUGGAGGCGCCCGAGGCCGGGAUGAUCAGCGACAGCGAGCUGCAGCACAUCUCCGACUCGCCCAUCAUCGACGGCCAGCCGCACUCGGACACGCCGCCGCCCUCGGACAUCGCGGACAUCGACAACCUGGAGCAGGCGGACCAGGAGCGGGAGGUCAAGAGGCGCAAGUACGAGUGCACCAUCUGCGGCCGCAAGUUCAUCCAGAAGAGCCACUGGCGGGAGCACAUGUACAUCCACACGGGCAAGCCCUUCAAGUGCAGCACCUGCGACAAGAGCUUCUGCCGGGCCAACCAGGCCGCCCGGCACGUGUGCCUCAACCAGAGCAUCGACACCUACACCAUGGUGGACAAGCAGACGCUGGAGCUCUGCACGUUCGAGGAGGGCAGCCAGAUGGACAACAUGCUGGUGCAGGCCAACAAGCCCUACAAGUGCAACCUGUGCGACAAGACCUUCUCCACCCCCAACGAGGUGGUCAAGCACUCCUGCCAGAGCCAGAACUCGGACGUCUUCGCCCUGGACGACGGGCGGUCCGUCCUCCUGAGCAGCGCGGACUCGGAAGUCACGGACCCCGACCACCCCGUGCUAGCGAGCAUUAAAAAGGAACAGGAGACCGUGUUGUUAGACUGA